AUGAGCCUGACACGAGGGUCGCCCAGCUCCCCCGCCACCCUCUCUCCCGUCAUUGCCAACAGUGCAACCUCAGACGCCGAGAGCAGCAACGUUCUCGCCCCCUCCGCCACGUACCUCCAUGCUCCAUCCUCCCGCCGCCGCAUCUCCGCGCGCUUCACCAUGCUCCAUCCUCCCGCCGCCGCAUCUCCGCGCGCUUCACCAUGCUCCAUCCUCCCGCCGCCGCAUCUCCGCGCGCUUCACCAUGCUCCAUCCUCCCGCCGCCGCAUCUCCGCGCGCUUCACCAUGCUCCAUCCUCCCGCCGCCGCAUCUCCGCGCGCUUCACCAUGCUCCAUCCUCCCGCCGCCGCAUCUCCGCGCGCUUCACCAUGCUCCAUCCUCCCGCCGCCGCAUCUCCGCGCGCUUCACCAUGCUCCAUCCUCCCGCCGCCGCAUCUCCGCGCGCUUCACCAUGCUCCAUCCUCCCGCCGCCGCAUCUCCGCGCGCUUCACCAUGCUCCAUCCUCCCGCCGCCGCAUCUCCGCGCGCUUCACCAUGCUCCAUCCUCCCGCCGCCGCAUCUCCGCGCGCUUCACCAUGCUCCAUCCUCCCGCCGCCGCAUCUCCGCGCGCUUCACCAUGCUCCAUCCUCCCGCCGCCGCAUCUCCGCGCGCUUCACCAUGCUCCAUCCUCCCGCCGCCGCAUCUCCGCGCGCUUCACCAUGCUCCAUCCUCCCGCCGCCGCAUCUCCGCGCGCUUCACCAUGCUCCAUCCUCCCGCCGCCGCAUCUCCGCGCGCUUCACCAUGCUCCAUCCUCCCGCCGCCGCAUCUCCGCGCGCUUCACCAUGCUCCAUCCUCCCGCCGCCGCAUCUCCGCGCGCUUCACCAUGCUCCAUCCUCCCGCCGCCGCAUCUCCGCGCGCUUCACCAUGCUCCAUCCUCCCGCCGCCGCAUCUCCGCGCGCUUCACCAUGCUCCAUCCUCCCGCCGCCGCAUCUCCGCGCGCUUCACCAUGCUCCAUCCUCCCGCCGCCGCAUCUCCGCGCGCUUCACCAUGCUCCAUCCUCCCGCCGCCGCAUCUCCGCGCGCUUCACCAUGCUCCAUCCUCCCGCCGCCGCAUCUCCGCGCGCUUCACCAUGCUCCAUCCUCCCGCCGCCGCAUCUCCGCGCGCUUCACCAUGCUCCAUCCUCCCGCCGCCGCAUCUCCGCGCGCUUCACCAUGCUCCAUCCUCCCGCCGCCGCAUCUCCGCGCGCUUCACCAUGCUCCAUCCUCCCGCCGCCGCAUCUCCGCGCGCUUCACCAUGCUCCAUCCUCCCGCCGCCGCAUCUCCGCGCGCUUCACCAUGCUCCAUCCUCCCGCCGCCGCAUCUCCGCGCGCUUCACCAUGCUCCAUCCUCCCGCCGCCGCAUCUCCGCGCGCUUCACCAUGCUCCAUCCUCCCGCCGCCGCAUCUCCGCGCGCUUCACCAUGCUCCAUCCUCCCGCCGCCGCAUCUCCGCGCGCUUCACCAUGCUCCAUCCUCCCGCCGCCGCAUCUCCGCGCGCUUCACCAUGCUCCAUCCUCCCGCCGCCGCAUCUCCGCGCGCUUCACCAUGCUCCAUCCUCCCGCCGCCGCAUCUCCGCGCGCUUCACCAUGCUCCAUCCUCCCGCCGCCGCAUCUCCGCGCGCUUCACCAUGCUCCAUCCUCCCGCCGCCGCAUCUCCGCGCGCUUCACCAUGCUCCAUCCUCCCGCCGCCGCAUCUCCGCGCGCUUCACCAUGCUCCAUCCUCCCGCCGCCGCAUCUCCGCGCGCUUCACCAUGCUCCAUCCUCCCGCCGCCGCAUCUCCGCGCGCUUCACCAUGCUCCAUCCUCCCGCCGCCGCAUCUCCGCGCGCUUCACCAUGCUCCAUCCUCCCGCCGCCGCAUCUCCGCGCGCUUCACCAUGCUCCAUCCUCCCGCCGCCGCAUCUCCGCGCGCUUCACCAUGCUCCAUCCUCCCGCCGCCGCAUCUCCGCGCGCUUCACCAUGCUCCAUCCUCCCGCCGCCGCAUCUCCGCGCGCUUCACCAUGCUCCAUCCUCCCGCCGCCGCAUCUCCGCGCGCUUCACCAUGCUCCAUCCUCCCGCCGCCGCAUCUCCGCGCGCUUCACCAUGCUCCAUCCUCCCGCCGCCGCAUCUCCGCGCGCUUCACCAUGCUCCAUCCUCCCGCCGCCGCAUCUCCGCGCGCUUCACCAUGCUCCAUCCUCCCGCCGCCGCAUCUCCGCGCGCUUCACCAUGCUCCAUCCUCCCGCCGCCGCAUCUCCGCGCGCUUCACCAUGCUCCAUCCUCCCGCCGCCGCAUCUCCGCGCGCUUCACCAUGCUCCAUCCUCCCGCCGCCGCAUCUCCGCGCGCUUCACCAUGCUCCAUCCUCCCGCCGCCGCAUCUCCGCGCGCUUCACCAUGCUCCAUCCUCCCGCCGCCGCAUCUCCGCGCGCUUCACCAUGCUCCAUCCUCCCGCCGCCGCAUCUCCGCGCGCUUCACCAUGCUCCAUCCUCCCGCCGCCGCAUCUCCGCGCGCUUCACCAUGCUCCAUCCUCCCGCCGCCGCAUCUCCGCGCGCUUCACCAUGCUCCAUCCUCCCGCCGCCGCAUCUCCGCGCGCUUCACCAUGCUCCAUCCUCCCGCCGCCGCAUCUCCGCGCGCUUCACCAUGCUCCAUCCUCCCGCCGCCGCAUCUCCGCGCGCUUCACCAUGCUCCAUCCUCCCGCCGCCGCAUCUCCGCGCGCUUCACCAUGCUCCAUCCUCCCGCCGCCGCAUCUCCGCGCGCUUCACCAUGCUCCAUCCUCCCGCCGCCGCAUCUCCGCGCGCUUCACCAUGCUCCAUCCUCCCGCCGCCGCAUCUCCGCGCGCUUCACCAUGCUCCAUCCUCCCGCCGCCGCAUCUCCGCGCGCUUCACCAUGCUCCAUCCUCCCGCCGCCGCAUCUCCGCGCGCUUCACCAUGCUCCAUCCUCCCGCCGCCGCAUCUCCGCGCGCUUCACCAUGCUCCAUCCUCCCGCCGCCGCAUCUCCGCGCGCUUCACCAUGCUCCAUCCUCCCGCCGCCGCAUCUCCGCGCGCUUCACCAUGCUCCAUCCUCCCGCCGCCGCAUCUCCGCGCGCUUCACCAUGCUCCAUCCUCCCGCCGCCGCAUCUCCGCGCGCUUCACCAUGCUCCAUCCUCCCGCCGCCGCAUCUCCGCGCGCUUCACCAUGCUCCAUCCUCCCGCCGCCGCAUCUCCGCGCGCUUCACCAUGCUCCAUCCUCCCGCCGCCGCAUCUCCGCGCGCUUCACCAUGCUCCAUCCUCCCGCCGCCGCAUCUCCGCGCGCUUCACCAUGCUCCAUCCUCCCGCCGCCGCAUCUCCGCGCGCUUCACCAUGCUCCAUCCUCCCGCCGCCGCAUCUCCGCGCGCUUCACCAUGCUCCAUCCUCCCGCCGCCGCAUCUCCGCGCGCUUCACCAUGCUCCAUCCUCCCGCCGCCGCAUCUCCGCGCGCUUCACCAUGCUCCAUCCUCCCGCCGCCGCAUCUCCGCGCGCUUCACCAUGCUCCAUCCUCCCGCCGCCGCAUCUCCGCGCGCUUCACCAUGCUCCAUCCUCCCGCCGCCGCAUCUCCGCGCGCUUCACCAUGCUCCAUCCUCCCGCCGCCGCAUCUCCGCGCGCUUCACCAUGCUCCAUCCUCCCGCCGCCGCAUCUCCGCGCGCUUCACCAUGCUCCAUCCUCCCGCCGCCGCAUCUCCGCGCGCUUCACCAUGCUCCAUCCUCCCGCCGCCGCAUCUCCGCGCGCUUCACCAUGCUCCAUCCUCCCGCCGCCGCAUCUCCGCGCGCUUCACCAUGCUCCAUCCUCCCGCCGCCGCAUCUCCGCGCGCUUCACCAUGCUCCUGACCUGCCAUAG